GCAGCAAUAUUAAGACACCAGGAUGGCUACCACCACUGAGGACAGCUCAAGCAACAAUGGAAACAGAAGUGUAUCUGAUAUGAGCAAGUCUGAAUUAGAAAUGUAUCGUCAUGGACCAGAAACAGAGUUGUCUGCCCUUGUUUGUCAUGCUUCAGAAUCUGGAGAUUUUACUGCUCUGAGGGAUUACUUACAGAUACUGUCGGACACAGAGCCUGAAAAGAUCAAUGAAACUGACAAAGCGGGAAUGACAGCUCUACAUUUUGCUGUUUCUUGCCAAAACCUGCAUGCAGUGAGUAUGCUGAUACGCCACGGAGCAGAUGUGGGUGCACAAGAUGUGCUUGGCUUCACUCCACUGUUCCUAGCUACCGGUCGUUACCCAAAUUUGGAGGUGGCCAAGUACCUACUGACUGAAGGAAAAUCUGACGUUAAUGUAAAAACACACAGUGGGGCCACUCCACUCCAUGGGGCAUCUCUACAGGGGAACAUUGAUUGUUUGAAGUUGCUGCUGGAAUGGAAUGGCGACCCACGAAUAGAAGAUGAAGAUGGAACCACCCCAUUUGAACUGGCAAAGGACGACGAGACCAAGGCGGUCCUCCAUGAUGCCAUUAUAGUGUUUGAUGCCAAGAGAGACACAGUGG